GGCACUCGGAAGGAGCAGGUGUUUGCUGACGGCGUGCUGACGGCGUGGGAACCUUCCGCUGCAGCUGACGUCUCCACAUCUGGCUGCUGCAGAAACAGAGCCUUCAUUCAUUCAGGCUGCAUAUCGUUUCCACUACAGCCUCUGGAACACCCGAAUCCAUCUCCAUCUCCGUCAGAUAAAUCGAUAUUUCAUGCUUCGACAGUGCAUUCGAUUUUCGCCCUCGGUGACUCACUUGACUGGAUCUCUGCUCCGUCCUCCUGCUGCUGCGUCUUCUGAUCAGCUUACCUCUCUCGGAUUUCGCUCUGUCUCUCUUCCCGCCGCCUCAGCGUCCUCCAGCAUGAGUUUGAAGCUUAUACCCGCGAAGAAUCUGAAAAUCUCCACGCCGACCUGGUGGCUGGAGAGCCGAUUCCAUUUCAGUUUUGCGGAAUAUUACAAUCCUGCGAAUCAGGAAUUCGGUGUGUUGCGGGUGCUCAACGAUGACCUUGUGAAGCCUCACUCGGGGUUUGGAACUCACCCCCACAGAGACAUGGAGAUCUUCACCUACGUCGUGGAUGGAAAACUUACCCACAAGGACAGUAUGGGAACUGCAGAGACAUUGGGACGUGGCUCAGUGCAAUACAUGAGCGCAGGCAGAGGUGUCACUCAUUCCGAAAUGAACAACGACAAUGAACUGCUGCGGUUCUUGCAAUUAUGGAUCAAACCCAAUGCCAAAGGACUUACACCUAAUUAUGGUUCUCGUGUGUGGAAGAAGGAGGACCGACAUAAUCAGCUGCAGCAUCUGGUCACAGAUAUUAACAAGCUGGAAUGCAGUGAGGAUCAGCAUACUGGUGUUAUUCCAAUUCACCAAGAUGUGAACAUGUAUGUGUCUGAGUGUGACCCGGGCUUUUCACAAACGUUCACACUGCAAAAGAAGAGGCAAGUGUACUUGGUCUGUAUCGAGGGCGGUCUUUCUGUCAAUGGAACAAAUAUGUCGAUUCGAGAUGCCAUGGAGAUAAGAGGCCUUAAAGAUUCAGAGUACCAGGUGGAACUUAAGGCAGACGACACGAGCGGUGCAUUUUUUCUGAUGGUUGAAAUGUCGUUGGCUUAGUGUUUUCGAAAUGGUGGCAAGCAUUCCAAAUUUUCAUACGACCAGACCCUGAAGGGCUACAGGCUGUGCUAUUGCAAACGAUUAUCCUUGUCAGUUGAGUAGAGCACUUAGGACUGUCAAACCGUGGGCAUAAUAGAUACGCAAACCAGACAGCUCUAAGUUUCUACAUAGACAGUGUGUAGGGAAAUAGUCCAAGUUUUGUUUGAAGAUGUAAGUAUAGUGCUCUUGCGGCAAAACUGUUAGGCGUGAAGGAUUAUUAUGUAGAUAGUCGUGAUUCAGAGUCAAAAUAAAGGCAUAUCACGUGCAUUGGCUGUGUAAAUAGUUUAUUCAGAAAACAAGCGCGGUCCCCGUUAAAAUGGGAAAGACACGAACAUUUGAAGUUGCACAUGAAAAAGGAGGGACUUGAUCCAGCGAGCUCGAAUUUAUUCUUAAUAGUCUACAAGUACUUCAUUGGAAUUUUCUGUAAAAACCUUGUCAG